GGGGAUUAGGAAGCAGAGGAGGAACUGCUGGACCCCUUAAGUACUCCCACGCCCACCAACUCAUAAAAUCUACUCCUACUAGGGUCUGGGCAGGGCCACCCUGCGAGUGGGAACUUGUGCUUCCCUCCCCCUUGAAGGGAGGGGGCGCCUGGAUACAGAAAGUCCCUCAUCUCUCAGCCUGCCUGAAUGGGGGACUGUUUUCUCUUUUUCAGGGUGAGGUGGCCUUGACCCCAGCUUGCCCCGCCAGCACGACCCAGGAGGUGGCUGGACGGCUGGAGAAUGAACGGAGAAGCCGAUUGCCCCACAGACCUGGAAAUGGCCGCUCCCAAAGGCCAAGACCGCUGGUCCCAGGAAGACAUGCUGACUUUGCUGGAAUGUAUGAAGAACAACCUUCCGUCCAAUGACAGCUCCAAGUUCAAAACCACCGAGUCACACAUGGACUGGGAAAAAGUAGCAUUUAAAGACUUUUCUGGAGACAUGUGCAAACUCAAAUGGGUGGAAAUUUCUAACGAGGUAAGGAAGUUCCGCACGUUGACAGAAUUGAUCCUCGACGCUCAGGAACAUGUGAAAAAUCCUUACAAAGGCAAAAAGCUCAAGAAACACCCAGACUUCCCAAAGAAGCCCCUGACCCCUUACUUCCGCUUCUUCAUGGAGAAGCGGGCCAAGUACGCAAAGCUCCACCCUGAGAUGAGCAACCUGGACCUGACCAAGAUUCUCUCCAAGAAAUACAAGGAGCUUCCCGAGAAGAAGAAGAUGAAAUAUAUUCAGGACUUCCAGAGAGAGAAACAGGAGUUCGAGCGAAACCUGGCCCGAUUCAGGGAGGACCACCCUGACCUAAUCCAGAAUGCCAAGAAGUCGGACAUCCCUGAGAAGCCCAAAACCCCCCAACAGCUCUGGUACACCCACGAGAAGAAGGUGUAUCUCAAAGUGCGGCCAGAUGCCACUACGAAGGAGGUGAAGGACUCCCUGGGGAAGCAGUGGUCUCAGCUCUCGGACAAAAAGAGGCUGAAAUGGAUUCAUAAGGCCCUGGAGCAGCGGAAGGAGUACGAGGAGAUCAUGCGAGACUACAUCCAGAAACACCCCGAGCUGAACAUCAGCGAGGAGGGCAUCACCAAGUCCACUCUCACCAAGGCCGAACGCCAGCUCAAAGACAAGUUUGACGGGCGACCCACCAAACCACCUCCGAACAGCUACUCGCUGUACUGUGCCGAGCUGAUGGCCAACAUGAAGGACGUGCCCAGUACAGAGCGCAUGGUGCUGUGCAGCCAGCAGUGGAAACUGCUCUCCCAGAAGGAGAAGGACGCCUAUCACAAGAAGUGCGACCAGAAAAAGAAAGACUAUGAGGUGGAGCUGCUCCGGUUUCUAGAGAGCCUGCCUGAGGAGGAGCAGCAGCGGGUCCUGGGGGAGGAGAAGAUGUUGAGCAUCAACAAGAAGCAAGCCACCAGCCCAGCAUCCAAGAAACCCUCCCAGGAGGGGGGCAAGGGCGGAUCAGAGAAGCCCAAGCGGCCCGUGUCGGCCAUGUUCAUCUUUUCUGAAGAGAAGCGGCGGCAGCUGCAGGAAGAGCGGCCGGAGCUCUCCGAGAGCGAGCUAACCCGCCUGCUGGCCCGCAUGUGGAACGACCUGUCGGAGAAGAAGAAGGCCAAGUACAAGGCCAGGGAGGCGGCCCUGAAGGCCCAGUCCGAGAGGAAGCCGGGUGGUGAGCGUGAGGAGCGGAGCAAGCUGCCCGAGUCCCCCAAGCGGGCGGAGGAGAUCUGGCAGCAGAGCGUCAUCGGCGACUAUUUGGCUCGCUUCAAGAAUGACCGGGUGAAGGCCCUGAAGGCCAUGGAGAUGACCUGGAACAACAUGGAGAAGAAAGAGAAACUGAUGUGGAUCAAGAAGGCAGCUGAAGACCAGAAGCGAUACGAGAGAGAGCUGAGCGAGAUGCGGGCCCCUCCGGCUGCUGCCAAUUCUUCAAAGAAGAUGAAGUUUCAGGGAGAACCGAAGAAGCCUCCCAUGAACGGUUAUCAGAAGUUCUCCCAGGAGCUGCUGUCCAACGGGGAGCUCAACCACCUGCCCCUGAAGGAGCGCAUGGUGGAGAUCGGCAGCCGCUGGCAGCGCAUCUCCCAAAGCCAGAAGGAGCACUACAAGAAGCUAGCGGAAGAGCAGCAGAAGCAGUACAAGGUGCACCUGGACCUCUGGGUCAAGAGCCUGUCUCCCCAGGACCGAGCAGCAUACAAAGAGUACAUCUCCAACAAACGCAAGAGCAUGACCAAGCUUCGAGGCCCGAACCCCAAGUCCAGCCGGACUACUCUGCAGUCCAAGUCGGAGUCGGAGGAGGACGACGAGGAGGAUGAGGAGGAGGAGGAGGAGGAUGAAGAGGAGGAGGAGGAGGAUGGCGGGGACUCCUCCGAGGAUGGUGGGGACUCCUCCGAGUCCAGUAGCGAGGAUGAGAGCGAGGAUGGCGAUGAGAACGAGGAGGACGACGAGGACGACGACGACGACGAGGAUGAUGACGACGACGAGGACAAUGAGUCUGAGGGCAGCAGCUCCAGCUCCUCCUCCUCCGGGGACUCCUCGGACUCGGACUCCAACUGAGGCCCCCGCCCGCCCAGGACACCAGGGAGAGGCCCGCCUCUGCCCGCUCGCCGUGGGGGCUCCCCUCCCCGCCUGACCACCUUUGCCCCCCCCCCAUGUUCUGCCCCCUGCCCCCUGGCCUCCCCCCACUUUUUCUUUCUCUGUCUCUCUUUUUUUAAAAACAAAAUGUGGGGGGGAGGGGGGCUGGAGAAGCCCAGGCCAGGGCGCUGCAGCCUCAGCUGGCUGCCCUGGGGGGCCUCCAGGGAGCGCAGCGCAGACUGAGCCGGCACUCCGCUGCACUCGGUUCCGGUUCCGGCAUGGACAAUGGACCAGGGGCCGGGACGGGCGCGGGCGUGGGGGGGGGGGUUGGGGUCCACACCUGCAGCCCAAGCUGAGGCAGGCGGGGUGGGUGGAAGCUGGGCAGGACCCCGUCCUCCCCUGUGCUGGCCGCCCAGCCCCGACCCCCAACUCCCCACCCCCACAUUGGAACUGGAGGCAGGGAACCUGUGGGGAGAGGUGGUGCGGUGCCUUGGAGCAAACAGGCAGUGCCCAUCUCCCCCUCUCCCCUGUCCCCUGCAGGAAGGAGCUGCCUGAACCCACUCGCGGCGGGCAAGGGGCAGAAGUGUUUUUUAUAUAUGUGUAUAUAUUUUUUUUUAAGCUCUGAGCUGUCAACGAGACGUUUCCUACCGA